AUGCAGAGACCUGGAGGCGGCGGCGGGGCUGGGGGCAGCGGCGGGGGCAGCGGUGGGAGCCAGGGCACCGCCUUCUCCAUUGACUCCCUUAUCGGGCCGCCUCCGCCGCGCUCCGGCCACUUGCUGUACACUGGCUACCCCAUGUUCAUGCCCUAUCGACCGCUGGUCCUGCCUCAAGCUCUGGCUCCCGCGCCCCUGCCCGCAGGCCUCCCGCCACUCGCUCCGCUAGCCUCUUUCGCCGGCCGCCUCACUAACACCUUCUGCGCUGGGCUGGGCCAGGCCGUGCCCUCCAUGGUGGCUCUCACCACCGCACUGCCCAGCUUCGCGGAACCCCCCGACGCCUUCUACGGUCCCCCGGAGCUGUCCGCCUCCCGCAACAAUCCGGAGCCCAGCGGCCGGCGCCCAGAGAGCGGGCUGGAGUCCGAAGAGCUGCCACCAACCAGAGAGAAAGUAGCAGAGCCCCCACCACCGCCUCCUCCGCCGGCGCCGCACUUCUCCGAGACUUUCCCAAGUCUGACGG